AUGUACACGGCUUCUCAUGGUGCGACCGAAGGCCUGGACGACGGCGCAGUAGUUCUGCUGCAGACGUCGCUCGGGCUGGCGCUGGCGGCUGGCUGCGGCAUCAGCGGAGCAGUGCUGUGCAGGCAGAGCCAACAGUGCAUCGUGUCCAGGCUCUAUUUAUGCGAAUUCGGAUUGGCGGGAGUCGGUGCGUCGUUGCUCGCUCUCUCGGCGGUUCAAGGAUAUCACGGACUUUGUAUGGUGGCAUGGCUUUAUGGUUUAAGUUUGGGAUCAUUGUGGUAUUCCAUGAAAAUGCUUGUACUAGAACGAGUCCGAGCUAAACAAUUCAGCAGAGCAUGGGGUUUCGUCCAAUGUGCCCAAGCAGUGCCAUUUAUGUUAGGUGUAUACGUAACCGGUGAAUUGAAUGCCACUAGGCCUAGAGCAGGCUACUAUUUAUCUCUUAGUGCCGUAAUGUUAGGAGCAGUGCUCCUAUUUUUAAUAAGGACUACCAGAAGACCACCGCCAGAUACACCUUUAGUGACCACUCCGACGAUCACCGCCAGUACUCCGAGAUGUCUUUGUAGACACUUGUCUGUACCGCAACUAUACCCGUACACACCAAAUGAUUACGGAAACGGUUAUUGUGCCGGAGUCGGAAAUGGUUAUCCAAGCAGCACCUUAUGUCGUCCCUUUGCAAACGGGAUGAGCAAAAGUCUAUCUUUUGCAUCGCCAGCAGAUUAUUAUUAUAACCAAUUACGAAGUCAGGCUGACGAAUAUUUUCUCAAUUGUAAUGUGACGUGCACAAAACCAGUAAAUGGUUGUAUUCCGAAUGGCUGCGAUGCCAGAUUAGUAUUGAGGCCGUCCAAGAGUGUACCUGAGGGCCUUUGCAGACGAGCGACCAUGGACUACACCCAUGCUGGUGUCACGCCCUUCAGAAGAUGCCACUCGCAAAGGGCCAGAAAUAUACACUUAAUCGAACAGAUCACGACAUCUGUUUGA